AUGGACCCUCUUCCACAUGGGGUGGGCAGCGGGGGUGGUUACCCGUCGAAUGGCCCGGAGGCUUGGUUCUAUUCCCUUCCGCCAGUGACCCGAGCGGUCAGUUCCGACCUGGAGAACAACGCUGUCUUCGUGCAGGCCAGCAAAGGAGCGUAUCUCUACUUCAUCGUACUACAGAGCCUCUGCCUGGACUUUAUCUCUUUGCUCUUCUUCUGGCCCACUGGCCUCCACCUUCUAGGUGGUUCCCUCCUGUUCGCCGUACUGUAUUACUGGAGCCGACGCGAGUCAUACACUCCAGUGUCGAUAUACUUUCUGACCGUUCAAGGUCACCAGCUGCCGUUUGUUCUGCUGCUUUUGCAUCUUCUUAUGGGGAAAGACCUUUGGUCUGACGCCAUUGGCCUUCUGUCUGGUCACAUCUACUACUUCUUUCGAGAAAUUCUGCCCGCCCAAGGGGGCGCCGACUUGCUCAGCGACACACCAAAAAUCUUCGACAGACUAGUGGAGAAGUUUUCAAACCGCCCGGAUGCCGGCCGACGAGCAGCAGCCAGGCGUACUGGAGUCGCACCUCCGGCUGGAGGCGGCCCGGGUGCCCCGGGUGGCCCCGGGGGGGCAGCUGGGGCAGCGGUAUUCGGCCGCGUCCAGGCACUGGUUCCACAGGCACUCAGGCGUUUACGGGACGCGGCUACCGCAUGA